AUGACUCCGCCUCUUCACUCGCGGACGACGUAUCACGCGCAGCCUAUCGCCAGCAUGUUGACACCGUCCGUCAACAUGGCUUUCGGCGACGCGCCCAUGGGCGACACCAUCUUCAACUUCGAGUUGAUACGCAAGGAACUCUUCAUGGCCGGUCAAACUGCGCCAGCGAGUCGCCGACGGACUCGUCGCGUACCACGGUCUCUUCCUGGUACAAACCUGCAGUCGUUUGUUCUUUUCGCUCCCCGACCGGCUCCCGCACCAAUCAAGACGGCUACCGACGUGGUGUUUGCCACCUUCGAAUUGCUGGAGAAGAUCCUGAUCGAAAUGGACAUUUACUCUCUCGCGUGCGAUCAACGCGUUAGUACCUUCUGGAAGGAAGUUGUUGCCAGGUCGCCCCAGCUGCAACGAGCUCUUUUCCUGCAGCCUGGUACCGGUCCUGUCAACUACCUGAAGCUCACCGAGGUUGACUUCCCUGAUGACGACGAGGAUUUCUUCGAGGAACUGAGCCAUCCUGAGGUCGAUGCUCACCCGAAGCUUCCACAGUGGACCUACUCUCCCACUUUGUCUGCCCAUCAAGGCUUCACCAUCUAUGAAUUGCACCCCUUGCUGAUGGAGGCUGACUGUCUCCUUAAUCAUUCGGAGCUGCUACCCUCAGAAUUUGCGGAAAACUGUCUUCUCGACUUCUGCAUUGACGUGGAGAGCAUGAUGUCCUGGGCACCCGGCCCCUGGCAGAUCAUGGCCAUCUCCAACCCGGGUAUAAAGUUGGAGCAACUAAGCUAUUCCUACACGAUUCACUCCCUUGGUACUUCAAGGCGACGGAGUGGCCUAUGGGUGAACAAGACCAUCUGGCAUCAAUGUGCCACAUUGGGGCACCUGCGGGAUAUCGUCAGAAGGACUAUGGAGUUCGAAGUAAUUGUGGAGGGACAUGGUCACAAGGCGCUUGAGUACCUCAGAUUCUCGGUGAAUGAAGAUCAGGGAGCGGUGAGCGAGGAGAUGUCCUUGGUCCGGGUUGCCAGCCAACAUGAUCCCGCGUGGUUGAUACCACAAGCUCCACAGUCGAUUACGGAAAUCAUGGUGCGCCCGAAAUCGAAAACCUUCAAGACUCACUCCAAGGAGCAAAAUCAGAGCGCGCACAUCUCCAACAAGCUUUCGGACAUGCAAAAAUCGAAGUUCGACGUCAUCUGUUCGGCUCACCCACUCUUACAGCAUUUGCGGACUAGCGAGCCCAAGAAUGUCAACGACCAAGGCUACAUCAGCAUUUGGAUUGAUGGAUGGGCUCUCUUGAGCCUGAGUGGAGGCUCGUGGGCACGGGCUUCUUUGCUUCAGCCGCCAUGCCCACGCAGCAUUUUGAAAUUUCCAGCUUUUCCUGACUUGACCUUCACUGAUAAGCAGACGGUGACUUUUGGGUUCCUCGUAAAGCAGCUAAAAGCUCUUGCGGGCGCCGGUGCCCCAGCAUACAAGGAACCGGUUGUUGAACUGCAGUUCAAAGGCUUUGUGGAAGCCGGGGCACCUGAAGUUGUGAAGGCUGGAUUGAAGCAGAAGGGUUGA